AAGCAGUAGAACGUAGGAACCACGGUUGGUUACCUUACGGGCGCCUAUCGUGUACUAUAACUUCCCUUUUCCAGGCCCGCGCAGGUGCCACUGAUGAGCUCUUUUCCUUCUAUUCCUCUCACCGACUUGCCCAAUUCCUCUGUCCGGGAAUUUCGCUAUUAAUUGACUUUUCACUGCUGUCACUUGUCCGACUACUAGAGGAUUCCGUCACACCUUUUUCCCUUUUUUUCCUUUUUUUUUCCGAGGGAAAACCAACCGCAUAGGUAUAAAUUGAACCUUGACGGUGCUUAGUGUGGUCAUUGGAUCUUGGGGAUCCCAAAUGAACCCGGCGAGCUAGUGAAGCUUGAGACACCUUACUAGGCCUAACGGAUUUUUUUUUGAGAGAUCUCUUGGCGAUCUCGCACAGAAAUCAUGACACCUAUGAGGAACGGUGACGGCGGCGGCGCCCGGUCGUACGGGCACGACCCCGAGCCUGCGUCUGAGUGGACGGCGCUCCUCGGGGAUUCGAGGACCAGGUACACUCAGGAACCCGGACCAAUCACGAUUCCGCGGACGGGCACGGUGGACGACGACUACGGGAGCUCGAGCGACGACCUGGACCCGAACGAGGCGGACCUGCUGAUCGCGCGCAGCUAUACGUCCACGGGGUCCGGGCUCGCCCCCGAAUCCUUCGAGUCGGCCUUGCUUAGGGGGCGGAGGCGGUCGCGAAGCUCGGCACGGCGGGCGUCGACCACCAACCGGAGCAUGGUCUCGAUAUCUCCCAGACCUAUACUCAACGUGCAUCAUCAGAUUCACCGGGAACUCCUCGACUCGCCGUCGUCGGAAGGGAGUCUAAACGGCGACCUUGAAUCAGCCCAUGUCGAACAUGACAAAUCGCAACCUUCGUUCCUCAUCGAUACGGAUAGACGGAGGUUUUGGAUAGUGUUUUUAAGCAUUAUGCUUACGCAUUUCAUAGCUUGCUUUGAUGGCACUAUCAUGGCGUCGUCUCACCCGGUCAUCACAAGCUAUUUCCAUAGCUCCAACAGUGCUAGUUGGUUAUCCACCGCUUUUCUACUCACGAGCACGGCAUUUCAGCCCGUGAUCGGCCGACUAUCUGAUACUAUAGGCCGCAAGCCGCCGUACCUCGCUACGACGGUCAUAUUCGCGCUUGCGACACUAUGGUGCGCGCUGGCGCAGAGCAUGACAGGUUUCAUCCUCGCCAGGGCUGCGUGCGGACUCGGUGCUGGGGGUGUGUUGGGCAUGGGGAGUAUUAUAAUUAGCGAUUUGGUACCCAUCGAGCGCCGUGGCUCUUACCAAAGCUACGUCAACAUUGUGUACGGACUAGCCUCAGCUUUAGGCGCAGCUCUGGGAGGUCUGAUGGCAGACAGUCUCGGCUGGCGAUGGGAAUUCGGCAUCCAGGUUUUUCCUAUCGUCCUUUGCUUCGUCGUAGCCUUUUUCGGCAUCCCGGGGGAUCUCGGUCUGCAGAAUAAGCAUCAGUCAUUCAAGGAGGCUAUGAAAGCUUUUGAUUUCCGAGGAUCGAUACUCCUAACCAUUUCUACUACGUUUCUCAUAUUAGGAUUGAACCUCGGAGGUAAUGUACUGCCCUGGACUCAUCCGUUCGUCCUAUCCUCACUCAUCAUCUUCGCCAUCUGCUUCCCGGCCUGUCUGUACGCGGAAUCGAAGCACGAGCGCCCCAUCAUGCCCCUGAUCCUGCUCCACAGCUCCCCGCGCGCCAACAUCAUCUUCUCCAACUUCAUCGCCUCCUUCCUCCUCAACGCCAUCCUCUUCAACACCCCGCUCUUCUUCCAGGCCGUCCUCCUCACCAGCGCCACGACCUCGGGCCUGUACCUCGUCGUGCCCGUCGCCACCGCCAGCGCCGCCGGCACGCUGACCGGGUUCCUCAUAUCCUGGACGCGCCGCCUCAAGUGGCCGCUCACCCUCGGCACGCUCUUCUACCUCUUCGGCACCAUGCUCCUCUCCUCCAUGCGCCGCGGCUGGCCGCUCUUCGCGUACCUGCUCUGCCUCGUGCCCUCGAGCAUCGGCCAGGGGUUCCAGUUCCCGGGGACCUUCAUGGCCGUGCUCGCCGCGAGCGAGCACCGCGAGCAAGCCGUCGUCACCUCAACCCUCGUGCUCUGGCGCGCCCUCGGCUCCGUCCUCGGCGUCGCCUUCUCCUCCCUCGUAUUGCAGAACGCGCUGCGCCGCUUCCUCGCCGAGUACGUCGUCCCGCCCGCCGGCGUGCCCGACCCCGCGGCCUGGAAGGCCGCCCUCGUCGAGCGCGUGCGCGAGAGCGUCGAGGCCGUCGCCGCGCUGCCCGCCGGCGAACUCAAGGACCAGGUCGUCGCUAGCUACGAGUCCGCCGUCCGGCUUACUUUCCUGUGCCUCGUGGGUUUCGCUGCCGUUAGCGUGCUUAUGAUUGUGCCUGUUAAGUUGCCUAGGUUGGGUGGUAGGAAAUAGGAGGUGCGAGAAAAAAAAGAUUAGAGAGCUAGAAAAUCUGACGAGACGUUAUGUUAUAAGGUGCAUAAAGUGCAUAGAUCUAGGUAGGUUAGGUACCUAGGUAUCUAAGGUAUUAUGAGACGAGAAUUUGGAGGCUGGUUAAAAUAAUUAGGGCAUGCAUGUCACGCAUAUUUCGGGUUAUGGGUAUCAUUAGGAUGUACGUUAGCAAAUGGUUUAGAUAGGUAGCGUUAUUAUUGGGAUUUUUUUGUAAUUCAU